CAUCUCGUUUGCUGCCGCUUCCCUCCCCUCCCCUCCCCCCGAACCCGUAGGUGUCCGGUCCCCGCCUCGCCAGCCGCCGCUGCCUCGCGGCCCCGCCGGGAAAGCAAGGAUGAACGUGAUCGACCACGUGCGGGACAUGGCGGCCGCGGGUCUGCACUCCAAUGUACGGCUUCUGAGCAGCCUCCUCCUCACUAUGAGCAACAACAAUCCUGAAUUAUUCUCUCCAUCUCAGAAGUACCAGCUUUUGGUCUACCAUGCAGAUUCUCUCUUUCAUGAUAAAGAAUAUCGGAAUGCUGUUAGCAAGUACACAAUGGCCCUCCAGCAGAAGAAGGCCUUAAGUAAAACAUCAAAAGUGAGACCUUCUACUGGGAAUGCUGCUUCAACUCCUCAGAGUCAGUGUCUUCCAUCUGAAAUUGAAGUGAAGUACAGAAUGGCUGAGUGUUACACAAUGCUAAAACAAGACAAAGAUGCCAUCGCUGUCCUUGAUGGGAUCCCUUCAAGACAAAGAACUCCUAAAAUAAACAUGAUGUUGGCCAACUUGUACAAGAAGGCUGGGCAGGAACGCUCAUCUGUGACCAGUUACAAAGAGGUGCUGAGACAGUGCCCGUUGGCUCUGGAUGCCAUUCUAGGUUUAUUGUCCCUUUCUGUAAAAGGUGCAGAAGUGGCAUCUAUGACAAUGAAUGUAAUUCAGAGCAUUCCUAACUUGGACUGGCUUUCAGUAUGGAUCAAAGCAUAUGCCUUUGUACACACUGGUGACAACACCAGAGCUAUCAAUACCAUCUGUUCUCUAGAGAAAAAGUCCUUAUUGAGAGAUAAUGUGGACCUACUGGGGAGCCUAGCAGAUCUGUACUUCAGAGCAGGAGAUAACAAAAACUCCAUUCUCAAAUUUGAACAGGCUCAGAUGUUGGAUCCCUAUCUGAUAAAAGGAAUGGAUGUCUAUGGAUACUUACUGGCACGAGAAGGACGCCUGGAGGAUGUCGAGAGCCUGGGCUGCCGCUUAUUUAAUAUAUCUGAUCAGCAUGCUGAACCUUGGGUGGUGUCUGGAUGUCAUAGUUUCUAUAGCAAACGGUACUCUCGAGCUUUGUAUUUAGGAGCCAAGGCUAUUCAGCUCAAUAGCAACAGCGUCCAGGCUUUGUUGCUAAAGGGAGCAGCCCUCAGAAAUAUGGGCAGAGUUCAGGAAGCCAUAAUCCACUUUCGGGAAGCCAUACGUCUCGCCCCUUGCCGACUGGACUGUUAUGAAGGGCUCAUUGAAUGUUAUUUAGCUUCUAACAGUAUUCGGGAGGCAAUGGUGAUGGCUAACAACGUCUACAAAACCCUUGGAGCAAAUGCACAGACCCUCACUCUGUUAGCCACUGUGUGUCUUGAAGAUCCGGUCACCCAGGAGAAAGCUAAGACCUUGCUGGACAAAGCCCUGACCCAGAGGCCAGACUACAUUAAGGCGGUGGUGAAGAAAGCAGAGUUACUGAGCAGAGAACAGAAAUACGAAGAUGGCAUAGCUUUGCUGAGGAACGCUUUGGCCAAUCAGAGCGACUGUGUGUUACAUCGGAUCCUGGGAGAUUUCCUGGUGGCCGUCAAUGAGUAUCAGGAAGCCAUGGACCAGUACAGCAUUGCUCUGAGCCUGGACCCCAACGACCAGAAGUCUCUGGAGGGGAUGCAGAAGAUGGAGAAGGAGGAGAGCCCCACGGAUGCCACUCAGGAGGAAGACGUGGACGACAUGGAAGGAAGCGGGGAAGAAGGAGACUUGGAGGGUAGCGACAGCGAGGCGGCCCAGUGGGCCGACCAGGAGCAGUGGUUUGGCAUGCAGUGAGGCAUUUGAGCUCGUCGGGGAGCAUUUCGGGGGGCCCCGGCCUGGCUCUUCUCGGCUGGGAAGAAGAAGGCCGUAUUGGCUCGGCACGGAGUCGGCUUCUCAUCCACUCACUUGUAACUCGAUUUUGUAGGGCCGAGCCUGUGGGCAGCAUGCAGGCGCGCUUCCCGGCCCCGCGGCUGUGCUGUGCGGUGGAAAAGGACACGGGUCCAGGCCGGGCCGGCUCGUGCGCGGCCCUGAGGCGGCCCUGCACGCCGGCCCUCCCCCGCCCGACCUGUGUCUGGCAGCGGCAGCGUUGCUGAUGCCUUAACCGGGACUUGCUGUUUGGCAAACGUUUCCUAUUUGAUCAUCGGGUGGCACGUCUGUAAGGCCCGGCCCGGCCCGCAUCCCUGAGCAGUGCCCCCGGCCCUCGCUGCCCCCGCGGCCCUCGCUGCCCCCGCGGCCCUCGCUGCCCCCGCGGCCCUCGCUGGCCUCCUCGUUUGCUGUAAUUCAUAAUAAAGCCACGUUGGGGUGCAGAAAUGGGAUUCCUCUGGCUGAAAGGCUGAAGGCUACUCUGCAGUUUUUGUUCUUUUUCUCUUGUUCUGUCUGGUCUCCAGGAAUAGCUGGAAAAUUAAUUUUAGGUUAAAGGUUUUAAAAUGCUGCUGCCUCA